UAUGAUAAAAUCCUCUUUUUUCUAUAAAAUGGUUUGAUCCGUGGGGGCGUGGCCUCGUUGUGAUUGGUCAGGAGCAUGCGGGGGCGAGCAGAGGCAGCAGACACAUUUGGAGCUCACAUGCGCCUUUCACAGAGCGGCCACAGCCUAACUAUUAGGUCUUACCCUUCCGCGGAGCAGUGUAAACGGAGAGACGUGCCUGUGGUGUUUGCCGAGCCGAAGCCGCUGCCUACCGGGGGUAGAUGUUAGUUGUUCUCUGUUCGUCCUCACAACGCCGCCUUAGCUACAGACAUAACGUCUGGACGAUUCCAUCACUGCGACCCUUGAGGAGGACCUUCGUGAAUAGUAGCUGUUCAUUCGGUGUGCCAGUUAGAACGGACAGACUUGAUUGAGAUAUAUAAAGCAUAGCAGCUCACGUUGACAUAAACAUGGAUCAAUUUGAAUUCCUCCCCUUCGAUAACCUUACCUAUGACGACAACGGAACUUAUCCGUACCACAAUGGCUGGACCAUCACACAUGUGAUCAUCCCAUGUAUUUACGCUUUCGUCUGCUUUGUUGGAAUAUGCGGGAACUCUCUCGUCAUCUACGUGGUUCUCCGUUACGCCAAAAUGAAGACAGUCACAAAUAUCUACAUCAUGAACUUGGCCAUGGCUGACGUUCUCUUCAUGAUGGGUAUACCGUUCCUGGCGGCCUCCUUCGCCCUGCGCAACUGGCCGUUCGGCACGGUCAUGUGUAAGAUCGUCCUGUCUCUGGACGCCAUCAACAUGUUCAGCAGCGUCUUCAACCUGACGGUGAUGAGCGUGGAUCGCUACCUGGCCGUGGUGCAUCCCGUCAAAUCCGCUGACUUCCGCCGGCCACGCAUCGCCAAAGUCGUGAACGUCUGCGUCUGGGUCGCGUCCAUCAUCGUCAUCAGCCCCGUCAUUGUAGUGGCCAAGCCGACAGAACAGCAGGACGGGUCGUACGCCUGUAACCUGCACUGGUCCGACUCGGAGGAUGGGAUGGCCUUCUGGUCCACCGCCUUCAUCGCAUACACCUUCGUCAUCGGCUUCGUGGCCCCGCUCAUCAUCAUCGCCGUCUGCUACACCCUGCUGCUCAGAAAGGUCAAGACCGCAAGCGCAAGGGCAGGGGCACGAGGCACACGCAAGCGCAGCAGACGCAAGGUCACCAGAAUGGUCAUCGUGAUGGUCGUGGUGUUUGUCAUCUGCUGGCUCCCGUUCUACACCUUGCAGCUGGUGAACUUGAACGUGCAGCUGCAGGUCACCCCGUUCCUGGUCGGCUCGUACCACUUCAUCGUCACCCUGAGCUACGCCAACAGCUGCGUCAACCCCAUCCUCUACGCGCUGCUCAGCGAGAACUUCAAGAAGAGUUACCAGAAAGCCAUCUGCCACAGAGACGCGUCCAUCGACGCCUUCACCACGCACGACGCCAGCCACACCCGCCGCAGAGUCAACUCUCGCAGCAAGGCUCAGCAGAACGGCGGCACGGACUCCACCCGGAUCGAGAUGCGCAGCUUCGGCGGCGGGAACGUUCUCCGCUCCAGCCUGGAGAGGAACGGGAGGAACCGCAGCCGGGCGUACCACGCCGACACCGUGCGGACCAUCAGUAACGACCUGACUCCUGACAAGAAGGAAUAGCGCCAGACUAUUACAGCAGGGGGCGUUGUGAAGUGAGAUAACAUGGGACCUGUAAGUACACAAUAGUGUGUGGUGGAUAUCAGCAGCUGGAUUUUGUUGUACUGGAUUUGUCAUCGGAAUUGCAAUUCUAUUUUUGCUCAUUGU